AUGGAUACAGGGAAAUCCAAUGUGAACAGAAAUGACUCUAGCCAGAAGUUGAAGCCACUCAUAGACAGCAACUUAACUUACCCAAGUGCACCAGUUACUGUGUCUAGAAGGCUGCCAACAAGGUCUCCAUCCAAAAGUCCGCCUAACAUAUCACCACCAAGAAUUCCUCCUAACAAAUCACCAACAAGAUCUCCUCCUAACAAACCAUCAUCACUAAGAAUUCCUCCUAACAAAUCACCAACAAGAUCUCCUCCUAACAAACCAUCGUCACCAAUAAUUCCUCCUAACAAACCAUCGUCACCAAGAAUUCCUCCUAACAAAUCACCAACAAGAUCUCCUCCUAACAAGCCAUCUUCAUCAAGAAGUCCUCCUAACAAUUCCCCAACAAGAUCUCCUCCUAACAAACCACUUACAAGAUCUCCUCCUAACACACCACCAUCAAGAAUUCCUCCUACCACACCACCAAGAAGAUCUCCUCCUAACAAACCACUUACAAGAUCUCCUCCUAACACACCACCAUCAAGAAUUCCUCCUACCACACCACCAAGAAGAUCUCCUCCUAACAAACCACUUACAAGAUCUCCUCCUAACACACCACCAUCAAGAAUUCCUCCUACCACACCACCAACAAGAUCUCCAUCUAACAAACCACUUACAAGAUCUCCUCCUAACACACCACCAUCAAGAAUUCCUCCUACCACACCACCAACAAGAUCUCCUCCUAACAAACCACUUACAAGAUCUCCUCCUAACACACCACCAUCAAGAAUUCCUCCUACCACACCACCAAGAAGAUCUCCUCCUAACAAACCACUUACAAGAUCUCCUCCUAACACACCACCAUCAAGAAUUCCUCCUACCACACCACCAACAAGAUCUCCAUCUAACAAACCACUUACAAGAUCUCCUCCUAACACACCACCAUCAAGAAUUCCUCCUACCACACCACCAACAAGAUCUCCUCCUAACAAACCACUUUCAAGAUCUCCUCCUAACACACCACCAUCAAGAAUUCCUCCUACCACACCACCAAGAAGAUCUCCUCCUAACAAACCACUUACAAGAUCUCCUCCUAACACACCACCAUCAAGAAUUCCUCCUACCACACCACCAAGAAGAUCUCCUCCUAACAAACCACUUACAAGAUCUCCUCCUAACACACCACCAUCAAGAAUUCCUCCUACCACACCACCAACAAGAUCUCCAUCUAACAAACCACUUACAAGAUCUCCUCCUAACACACCACCAUCAAGAAUUCCUCCUACCACACCACCAACAAGAUCUCCUCCUAACAAACCACUUACAAGAUCUCCUCCUAACACACCACCAUCAAGAAUUCCUCCUACCACACCACCAAGAAGAUCUCCAUCUAACAAACCACUUACAAGAUCUCCUCCUAACACACCACCAUCAAGAAUUCCUCCUACCACACCACCAACAAGAUCUCCUCCUAACAAACCACUUACAAGAUCUCCUCCUAACACACCACCAUCAAGAAUUCCUCCUACCACACCACCAACAAGAUCUCCUCCUAACAAACCACUUACAAGAUCUCCUCCUAACACACCACCAUCAAGAAUUCCUCCUACCACACCACCAACAAGAUCUUCUCCUAACAAACCACUUACAAGAUCUCCUCCUAACACACCACCAUCAAGAAUUCCUCCUACCACACCACCAACAAGAUCUUCUCCUAACAAACCACUUACAAGAUCUCCUCCUAACACACCACCAUCAAGAAAUCCUCCUACCAAACCACCAGCAAGAUCUCCUCCUAACAAACCACUAUCAAGACCUCCUCCUAACAAAUCAUCACCAAGAGAUCCUCCUACCAAACUACCAACAAUAUCUCCUCCUACCAAACCACUAGCAAAAUCUCCUCCUAACAAACCAUCAUCACCAAGAAAUCCUACAAAACCAUUAAGAUCUCCUCCUACCAAACCACCAAGUUUUCCCUCUAACAAAUCACCACCUAAAACUCCUCCUGCCAAACCACCACCAAGAACUCCUCCUACCAAACCACCAGUAAGAUCUCCUGUUAACACACCACCAGCAAGAUCUCCUCCUCCCAAACCACCAAAAAGAUCUCCUCCUACCAAAUCACCACUGAAAACUCCUCCUACCAAAUCACCAGUGAAACCUCCUCCUACCAAAUCACCACUGAAAACUCCUCCUAACAAACCACCAUCAAGCUCUCCUCCUACCAGGCCACCAGCAAGAUUUCCUCCUAACAAAUCAAAGGAACUGCCAAGUAAUUCACCACUGAACAAACCACCAGUUCCUUCUUUAUUACUAACCAAUCCUUCAAUGCUUCCACCUUUCACAAUUCCACCUACACUGCCACCAACCAAUUUUCCCAACAUACCACCACUGUUUUUAACAGUCUCACCUUUUUUACUACUAUGCUCAUGUCCUAAAUGUCCUGAACCUGUAUGA